CCACGUAAGAAUUUGGAGUGUGGAGAGAGCUCCCAUUCCAGUUCCCAACAAAGAAAUCUCAAUGGAAAGAAACACUAUCAGUGCAUGGAAUGUGGAAAGAGCUUCAGUAUGAGCUCCGAUCUCACUAAACAUCAAAGAAUUCAUAAAGGGGAGAAACCCUAUCAGUGUAUGGAAUGUGGAAAGACCUUCAGUCGGAACGACUCUCUCACUUCCCAUCAAAGAAUUCAUACAGGAGAGAAACCCUAUCAGUGUGUGGAAUGUGGAAAGAGCUUCAGUCACAGCUCUGCUGUCACUAAGCACCAGAGAAUUCAUAUAGGGGAGAAACCCUAUCAGUGCUUGGAAUGUGGAAAGAGCUUCAGUUUGAAGGCCUCUCUCACUUCCCAUCAAAGAAUUCAUACAGGGGAGAAACCAUAUCAGUGCAUGGAAUGUGGAAAGAGCUUCAGUCAGAGCUCUAAUCUCAAUUCCCAUAAAAAAAAUCAUACAGGGGAGAAACCCUUUCAGUGUAUGGAAUGUAGAAAGAGCUUCAUGAAGAGCUCCCAUCUCACUUCUCAUCAAAGAAUUCAUACAGGGGAGAAACCCUAUCAGUGCGUGGAAUGUGGAAAGAGCUUCAGUUACAGCCAAAGUCUGACUUCCCAUCAAAAAAUUCAUACAGGAGAGAAAACCUAUGAGUGCAUAGAAUGUGGAAAGACCUUCAGUCGGAACAACUAUCUCACUUCCCAUCAAAGAAUUCAUACAGGGGAGAAACCCUAUCAGUGCAUGGAAUGUGGAAAGACCUUCAGUCAGAGCUCUGAUUUCACUAAGCACCAGAGAAUUCAUACAGGAGAGAAACCCUAUCAGUGUGUGGAAUGUGGAAAGAGCUUCAGGGAGAGCUCCAAACUCACUUCCCAUCAAAGAAUUCAUACAGGCGAGAAACCAUAUCAGUGCUUUGAAUGUGGAAAGAGCUUCAGUCAGAGCGCCCAUCUCACUUCCCAUCAAAGAAUUCAUACAGGGGGAAAACCCUAUCAGUGCUUUGAAUGUGGAAAGAGCUUCAGUCAGAGAAAUGAUCUUACUUCCCAUCAAAUAAUUCAUACAGGGGAGAAACCCUAUCAGUGUGCGGAAUGUGGAAAGAGCUUCAGUCAGAGCUCUAAUCUCACUUCCCAUCAAAGAAUUCAUACAGGGGAGAAACCCUUUCAGUGCAUGGAAUGUGGAAAGAGUUUCAGUCAGAGCUCCUCUCUCACUUCCCAUCAGAGAAUUCAUACUGGGGAGAAACCCUAUCAGUGCUUUGAAUGUGGAAAGAGCUUCAGUCAGAGCGCCCAUCUCACUUCCCAUCAAAGAAUUCAUACAGGGGAAAAACCCUAUCAGUGCUUUGAAUGUGGAAAGAGCUUCAGUCAGAGUAAUGAUCUUACUUCCCAUCAAAGAAUUCAUCCAGGGGAGAAACCCUAUCAGUGUGCGGAAUGUGGAAAGAGCUUUAGUCGGAGCUACUCUCUCACUUGUCAUCAAAGAGUUCACAUUGGAAAGAAACCCUAUCAGUGCGUGGAAUGUGGAAAGAGCUUCAGUCAGAGUGCCAAUCUCACUAAACACCAGAGAAUUCAUACAGGGGAGAAACCCUAUCAGUGCAUGGAUUGUGGAAAGAGCUUCAGUCAGAGCGCCAAUCUCACUUCCCAUCAAAAAAUUCAUACAGGGGAGAAACCCUAUCAAUGUGUGGAAUGUGGAAAGAGCUUCAGGAAGAGCUCCCAUCUCACUUCCCAUCAAAAAAUUCAUACUGGGGAGAAAUCCUAUCAGUGUGUGGAAUGUGGGAAGAGCUUCAGGAGCAGCUCCCAUCUCACUGCACAUCAAAAAAUUCAUACAGGCGAGAAACCCUAUGAGUGCAUGGAAUGUGGAAAGAGCUUCAGGAAGAGCUCCCAUCUCACUUCCCAUCAAAAAAUUCAUACAGCGGAGAAACCCUAUCAGUGUGUGGAAUGUGGAAAGAGCUUCAGUCACAGCCAGAGUCUCACUUCCCAUCAAAGAAUUCAUACAGGGUACAAACCCUUUCAGUGCAUAGAAUGUGGAAAGAUCUUCAGUCGGAACAACUAUCUCACUUCCCAUCAAAGAAUUCAUACAGGGGAGAAACCCUAUCAGUGUGUGGAAUGUGGAAAGAGCUUCAGGAAGAGCUCAUCUCUCACUUCCCAUCACAAAAUUCAUACAGGGGAGAAACCCUAUCAGUGUGUGGAAUGUGGAAAGAGCUUCAGUCAAAGUGCAUCUCUCACUUCCCAUCACAGAAUUCAUACAGGGGAGAAACCCUAUCAGUGUGUGGAAUGUGGAAAGAGCUUCAGUCAAAGUGCAUCUCUCACUUCCCAUCACAGAAUUCAUACAGGGGAGAAACCCUAUCAGUGUGUGGAAUGUGGAAAGUGCUUCCGUCAGAGCUCCGAUCUCACUUCCCAUCAAAAAAUUCAUACAGGGGAGAAACCCUAUCAGUGUGUGGAAUGUGGAAAGAGCUUCAGGAAGAGCUCAUCUCUCACUUCCCAUCACAGAAUUCAUACAGGGGAGAAACCCUAUCAGUGUGUGGAAUGUGGAAAGAGCUUCAGUCAAAGUGCAUCUCUCACUUCCCAUCACAGAAUUCAUACAGGGGAGAAACCCUAUCAGUGUGUGGAAUGUGGAAAGAGCUUCAGUCAGAGCUGUGAUCUCACUAAGCAUCACAGAAUUCAUACAUUCGAGAAACCAUAUCAAUGUGUGGAAUGUGGGAAGAACUUCACUCAUAGAUCAUCUCUCACUUCCCAUCAAAAAAUUCAUACAGGGGAGAAACCCUAUCAGUGUGUGGAAUGCGGAAAGAGCUUUAGUCGGAGCUACUCUCUCACUUCCCAUCAAAGAAUCCAUACAAAGGUUGGAAAAACCGUUAUACAGCUUUAGGAGACAGGCAAACCCGCACCUUGUUAACCAGGCCUUUGGCUGAUUGACAUGUAAUGUCCUUUUAAAACGUGGUGGGGAGGGGGUUAUAGAUGUGUAUUGUGUUUUUAUAUUGUGCUUUUAUGUUGUAACCAUCCUUAGACCUGUGGGUGCAGGGAUUAGGAGCCUACCCUUAGAGGCCGAGGGGUCUUUGCCCCCCAAUAAUAUAUUUGAAGGCCCCCCAGUUGGUAGGCAUCGCCAUUCCAAUGGCAUGCAUGUAUCAUGUGAUUGAUUGUGCAAGGCAGGCCUUACCUGGCCCCUCCCACCAAUAUUUUUUUCAAUUCAGCACCACUGGGUCGAGUAUUAUACAAAUUAAAUAAAGACAUAAAUUGCC